UUCAAUAUCUCACGAGCUCCGCAUUUUCAAAUAUUUUGGUUAACGAAUUCGAGUGCUGAAUGAUUUUAAAAAUGACUACAGAAAACUUAUCACGAAAAACCCUAAUUGAUUUUUUUUGGAAACGAAUGCGACAGGAUGUGGGUCUGGUUCCACCGCAUCUCGAAAAUAUUUUGAAUAUGGAAGGUUUAUCCGGCAGCAGCAGUCUUGGAGAGAUGACAAUGGCUGAAAUUACUAGCAUUGGAAAAGUAAUGCGAGAUCGUGGUGUUGUACGUGUACGCCAUGAAACAUCCAGCGACACUUCAAAAAGCAUGCGCGACUUCUUUCGCGAUUACGAGAAAACGCCAGAUCUAUUCACUUUUUCUGUCGGUGAUAAAUUAGUUCUUCGUUCUAUAAUGUCAGCCGUGAAGUUAAACGGUAUAUGUAGAUACAUUCCGAUUUCAAAUCAGGCAGUAAAAACAUCAUCGUUAGAUGAAAAUGACGAAAGAGAUACCCUUAUUACACGCAUUAAGCAACAGCUUUCGAAAUGGCCUCUGGACAAUCAGCGUAAUCGGGAUCUGUUCGAUUCUAUUGGUGACCUUGGCAUUUGCUGUGAACGUGGUACAGGAGGGCGAGUGAUUGCAUGGGUUACAUGCAUGAUUGGCGGGCGCUCUAAAGACCGUUCUUCGAAAAUUGCUGUCAAAGAGCUCAAGGUUAUACGGGAGCCUACUCGGAGUUGGCCUGUGAACAACCUUCUUGUCCAUUUCGACAAGCAUGUGAAUUCAACAGAAAAGCAACUUCACCGCAAAAGAAAAACGAAGUUUGAUCGAGAGGCCUGCGACCAAGGCAUUGCCACCAGCAGUGAUAAUUUCGAGCAGCAGAAAAACAUAACAAUUUUCGGAGUUGAUGAAUCAGACUUACAAUGCCAGAUAUGCACAGAAAGUGAUUGUGCACCGGUUGAUUCCAAUAUGCAACGAGGCAUACCUCAGACAUUUCACAUUGACCCAUUUGAAAUGUCAAACCGAGAGCAGCCUGACACGCCGCCACUUGACUAUUCAGCAGAAGAGUAUUACGAAAACGGCAUUAACGUUGGCCAAUCGGCUAUGGCGACAUCAGCGGAUCAGCAUCAUGGCACAGUCUUAUUGAAACUGUUUUCGAUGUUUCAACGGACUGUGAUGAAUUGAAGCAGACAGAAGCCCAUAUUCAGCAUAAGUCUUUCGAUGAUUCCGAAGAGUAUCUGGAAGUCUGUAACGAAA